AGACUGACUCCCAGGAGGCCACGGGUAGGCGGGGCACUUUACGCGGAAGUCUGCGGCGUCCUGUUCCAUCCGCUUCAGGGAGCCGGCAACCGGCCUCCUUUGGCUGGCCUGUACCCUUCGGUUCUGAGCCUGUGUUCCCCUAGAGGGUAUCCGGACAGAGUGAAGCCAUGGCCAUUCUUUUUGCUGUUGUUGCCAGGGGAACCACUAUCCUUGCCAAACAUGCUUGGUGUGGAGGAAACUUCCUGGAGGUGACAGAGCAGAUUCUGGCUAAGAUACCUUCUGAAAAUAACAAACUAACAUAUUCACAUGGCAAUUAUUUGUUUCAUUACAUCUGCCAAGACAGGAUUGUAUAUCUUUGUAUCACUGAUGAUGAUUUUGAACGUUCUCGAGCAUUCAAUUUUCUGAAUGAAGUAAAGAAGAGGUUUCAGACUACUUACGGUUCAAGAGCACAGACAGCACUUCCAUAUGCCAUGAAUAGUGAGUUCUCAAGUGUCUUGGCCGCUCAGCUGAAACAUCACUCUGAGAAUAAAGGCCUAGACAAAGUAAUGGAGACUCAAGCCCAAGUGGAUGAACUGAAAGGAAUCAUGGUCAGAAAUAUAGUCUGUCACCUUCAAAACAACCAGCAGAAAUCUUGCCCGAGCCAUGUGUAUGAAGAAUAUCAAGCUCACCAUCAUCAUCAUCAUCGUAUCAAUUGUAUUCAUCUAUAUCAUUGUAUCCUCUCUCUGUGGUGGAUUUACAUGGCCAAGCUGUGUAAAAAAAUAAAGAAAAAGUUGUCAUUAACCAAGGAUAAAAGAGACAAAGGAAUUAAAAAUAAUCCAUGUGACUCAAGCCUUUCUCUACUCAGAAAAUUGUCUGCCAGUCUCUUCAACCCUCUUUUUCACCUUUUCUUAUUUCAAUCUUGUUCUAUGCCUUCAAGAUUUAUCUUUGUUCCUAUCAGCCAGUUUAUUCCACUGUACUUCAUAUUGAACCAUUCAUUAUAUCAGUAGCCUUGAAAUGGCUUUUGUUUGGUUGGUUGGUUUGUUAACUACUAUCAUCUACUUUGAGUACCAUCUUUGGUUUCAAUUGCACAAAGCUGUUGCCAAAUUGGAAACCACCAGUCUUAAAAGCUGUCUACUAAAAUUAUAUAAUCUUUGUAUGUGCACACAAAUACACAUGUGUAUUCAAGGAACAGAUAGAAUUGCUAUUAUCUCAUCUUAAUGUCUUCUGUUAGUGAAGUUUUAGGUGCUUCAAAACUAUUUAAAUGGAGAAUAUUGUUAUUUUGGGAAUUGUAAUUAAAUUGUUGGUGCUGCUUAUUUCCAGGAGCCCAAACAGGUAAAGUACUAAAAAUUUUUAUUUCAAUCUGAUGGGGAAUAUUUUCUUAUCCUAUUAGAAGCACAGAAUAUCAUCCUUUGCCUCCUAGUAUUCAUUUUGGGGAAUAAAUCUCAGUGCACUGAUCAUCAACAAUAUUUUCUUUCCUUAUCAAAUGAUUUGAGAAGAUGAUGGUUUAACUAUUGUUGAAGAUUGUGGUUUUUUAGCAUAAUCCAUUUUGUUCUGUGGAUAUUUAGGGCAAUUGUAUUAAAGAAUGUGUAAUGGAAAGGAUAGGAGGCAAACACCUUUGAAUCACCAAAGAAAAAGGAGGAAACCACAAUGGAUGUGCUAACAUUUUAGCUGUACAAAGGGAGAUUGUGUGGGAAUUUUUUUUUUCCAUUCUGGGAAAAGCCCAAACUGAGUAUAGUUGGCAGUCAACUCCAGAGUUUGGAUUUGACUCCUAUGGAAUAAUAGUUUGAGCAUCCUUUUAUUGUUUAAUAAAUUGUUCACCUAAUUGUGAAGUUUUUAUGAAUCUGAGAGAAUGUGUAGAAUCAAUAUAAAAGGUUAACAUUAAUUUUACUGCAUUGCAAGAAAAUUGGACUGUAAUCAUACUGCUUCAGAAUUUAUCUAGUAGUUGUGUCUGAAAGAAAGACAUUUGCUGCCCUAGAAUAAUUGCAUAUAUUUAUCAACAAAUGCAAUGAAAUGGAUGUUUUCUUCCUUUCUCAACUAGCCCAUGGAAUUUAGCCACCUGUUUAGCUGCAUCAUGUGCCUUUAAUAUUAUAUGUGUCCGGUAAUCUGGCUUAUGGUAUUCAUUCUUCCAACUAAACCAUUUACCUGAUGCUACUUGAUUCAGAUUUGACAUAUACUUUUGGCCCACUGAAAUUUUCCUUGCUUAUUGUGCAUAACCCAAAUUUUUUACCUAUUGUCUUUAUCAACACCAUGCAUUUUAAUAUCAGCAUUUCCUAUUGAAAAAUCAUUCGAUAAAAAUAUUUGACAUCAUAAAUAAUAAUUUCCAAAUAUUUUUAUUCCAAAGAAAAAGGCUUAAACUUUAUUUCCCUUUCUUAUACAUACUUGAUUUAUAUUGAAAUGCAUGUUUUAAGGAUUAAUUACUUAACUGUUCUUUGGCCUGUUUAUGUAUAAGAAUGCUUUUAAAACACAUGUCAUUGUAAAUGAUGCACAAACUUAAGACAUUAAUAAAAUUUAAGUGUAAUAUAGUAA